ACUAAUCAGCUAUUUAGUCCCCGCACACGUGUCAGAUCAGGUUGUCCUGAUUCACGUGCGGUGCACCGAUACCAACUGUUACAUGCUCAGGGCAGUUCGUGCAGUUAAUGAAGCUUUCAAACUGCAAAGGCGGCAUUCAAAGGAAAUUGAAGAUACGAAAGACGAACGGUUUGCCGAUCAGAAUCAAGCACGACCUGACGAGAAGCCAGGAACAGCUGAGGUGUCGGUGGGCUCUCCGAGAGGCUCAGGGUCACGCAGUGGGAAUGCAAAUGCGGGUGGAAGUCGUGGAAAUGUCUGUUCAAUGUGUCGCCGGAGGAACAGUUUUGACUCGAUGGAUUCAGUCGACGAAGCAUUCUUGCACCGAUUUGACCGGAUGGGAAUUGAUUACCCAUCAAAGGGACGAGGCUCUGUCUCUGAGGAGGAGGCUGCCGCAAUCCGAACACGAAGUUUGGCCCUGCGCAAUCUGGUACAGAUGUCAAGGGAGCCCAAUGCAGCUGCUGGCGGUUGUGGUGACUCAUCUGCCUCAGAAUCACAGAGCCCAGGGGAAACUUCUACUUCCUCUGCUAUUUUACCAGUGAUGCCACAACUUCCAUUUCCAGAGUGGCACAUAGAGUUUUCUGAGCUCCAGAUGGGUGUGAGAGUUGGUAUUGGUAAGUCCUAUGCUCAUCAUCUUCUGCAAGCAAUUUGAAUUUCGUGGUCGUCCAUAAGCUCUGGGAUGGCUGUUGAUGUCAUAUACCAAGUCUGUUGCCACAACAUCAUUGCCACACUUUCAUGCAAUAUCUUUGAACAAGGUGGACUAUUACAGGGAUGCGUGUUCGUUUGGGGCUGAAAAAAGGGCUCUGGAAUGCUGAGAAUAAAGAGAGCAGCCUCGU